AUGAGCGCCAAAAUCUUGGCCGAGAUCAAGGAUCUCGAAUCCGGGAUCAAGAAUGACGAACUUGCGUUCGAGGAGUGCAAGGGCCAGCUCGGUUUCGUCUUGACCAAUCUCAAAGACCAGCCCGACAAUGAGGAGCUCGUGGCUAUUAAAGGCGACAUGGACGAGAUGCUUGAAUCCCUCAACAAGGAUCUGGAGCAGAAGCGCCAGAAAUUACAGGCAAUGCGUCAGGGCCUACCCAAAGACAAACAGCCACAGUCGCCCACCCCGGAGCCCAAGUGGUCCCAUGAGAAUCACCCCGCCUUUAAGCAGCCAGCCCCUCUCGAGGAAAAGGAGCCGGAACUGAUUAAUUACCAAGUCAAUGACAAUGUUCUGGCGAAGUGGGUUUCGGGCGACAAGGGCUACUACGCGGCCCGAAUCACAUCUGUCACUGGUUCCUCGACCGCACCUGUCUACACUGUCAAGUUCAAGAGCUACGAUACUAUUGAGACUCUACGUGCGAAGGAUAUUCGCCCAUUCGCACAGAAGCGUAAGGCGGACGGCACUGCUGUUGGUGGCUCCAGCGCCAAUACAGACGGCACGAAUCAAUCCCCAGUGCCCUCAACCGCCAUCUCGAAUGCCGGUACAACCAAUGGAAUUGUCAUCAAUGCGGCUGCGGAGAAAUACCCGCAAGCUCAGCAGUCGACCAAGACUGAUGAUAAUGGCGAGGAUAAACCUCGCAAGCAUAAAAAGAUUAAGGCCAACAAGGAGCUUGAGGCUGGAAAAAAUAAGUGGCAGGAGUUUACCCAGAAGGGAAAGCUCGGGAAGGCUGUGAAGAAAGACAGCAUGUUCCGCACCCCCGACGGCGUCCGUGGCAGAGUUGGGUUCACUGGCUCCGGUCAGGCUAUGAGAAAGGACCCAACUAGAAGCCGACAUGUCUACCAGCCCAACGAAGAUUUGGACUAA